AUGAGUUCAUCUGACGAAGAAGAUAUUGCCUUGACCAGACUUGCCAAAAAAUCAUCUUCUAUCACUUCAGCUUCCACUUAUGAAGAUGACGAUGAAGAUGAUAUCCCUUUGGCUAAAAAAUCUAGGAAGAAGCGGGUUGAGUCUGAUUAUGAAGAAGACUAUGAAGAUGAUAUCCCAUUGAAAAAAAGAAAGUUGUCUAAUGGUAGAGCAAAACAAGUUAAAAAAGAACCAAAAACUAAAUCUAAAUCUACAUCCACAAAGGACACCAAAGUUAAGAAAGAGAAAACAACAGUCAAAAAGGAAACAAAAUCUAAAAAGGAGUCUAAAACUGCCAGUAGCACCAAAGUGAAAGAAGAACCAAAAUCUCAAUCAGAUUCACAAGCAUCCGUUAAAUCGGAAACACCAGAAGAAGAUCAAGGGUAUAAAUGGUGGGAAGCCAAUGAAGAAACUGAUGAUAUCAUCAAAUGGCAAACACUAGAACAUAAUGGUGUUAUAUUCCCACCACCAUAUGAACCAUUACCAUCACAUGUCAAAUUGUAUUAUAAUAACAAACCAGUCAAUUUACCUCCAGAAGCAGAAGAAGUUGCAGGUUUCUAUGGAGCAAUGUUGGAAACUGAUCAUGCCAAGAAUCCAGUAUUCCAAAAGAAUUUCUUUAAUGAUUUUUUGGAAGUUUUAAAAGAAUGUGGUGGAUGUGGUGUUGAAAUUAAAGACUUUGAAAAAUUAGAUUUUAGUAAAAUGUAUGCUCAUUUUGAAAAAUUACGGGAAGAGAAAAAAGCUAUGAGUAAAGAAGAAAAGAAAAGAAUCAAAGAAGAAAAGGAAAAAGAAGAAGAACCUUUUAAGACUUGUUAUCUUAAUGGUAGAAAAGAAUUAGUUGGGAAUUUCCGUAUUGAACCUCCAGGUUUAUUUCGUGGUCGUGGUGCUCAUCCUAAAACUGGUAAAUUGAAACGUCGAGUAGCACCAGAACAAGUGACUUUGAAUUUGAGUAAAGAUGCCAAAAUACCUGAACCACCAGCGGGUCAUCAAUGGGGGGAAAUUAGACAUGAUAAUGAAGUCACUUGGUUGGCUAUGUGGAAAGAAAAUAUAUCUGAUUCACUCAAAUAUGUUAGAUUUGCUAACAAUUCAUCAGUUAAAGGUCAAUCUGAUUUCAAGAAAUUCGAAACUGCUAGAAAAUUAAGAAAUUACGUUGAUGAUAUUAGAAAAGAUUAUACCAAAAUGUUGAAAUCGGAAAAAAUGCAAGAUAGACAAAUGGCCACUGCUAUGUACCUUAUUGAUGUUUUCGCAUUGAGAGCUGGUGGUGAAAAAGGUGAAGAUGAAGCUGAUACUGUUGGUUGUUGUUCAUUAAGAUAUGAACAUGUAACUUUAAAACCACCAAAUAAAGUUAUAUUUGAUUUCUUGGGUAAAGAUUCAAUUAGAUUUUAUCAAGAAGUUGAAGUUGAUAAACAAGUUUUCAAAAAUCUACGAAUUUUCAAAAAAUCUCCCAAACAACCUGGUGAUGAUUUAUUUGAUCGUAUAAACCCUUCAUUAGUUAACCGACAAUUGCAAUAUUAUAUGAAAGGUUUGACAGCAAAAGUGUUCCGUACAUAUAAUGCGUCGAAAACCAUGCAAGAUCAAAUUGAUUUGAUUGAAAAUGAAGGUACUGUGGCAGAAAAAGUAGUUAAAUUCAAUGCUGCUAAUAGAACUGUGGCCAUUUUAUGUAAUCACCAGCGUACGGUCAGUAAAACUCAUGGUGACAGUAUUCAAAGAAUCAAUGAUAAAUUAAAAGAAUUUAUGUGGCAAAAAAUAAGAUUAAAGAAAAUGAUAUUACAAUUAGAACCUAAAUUGAAAAAGAAAGAUCCUAAAUAUUUUGAAGAAAUUGAAGAUUUAAUCAAAGAAGAUAUUGAACAUAUUCAUCAUACUAUUAUUAAAAGACAACGUGAACAAGUUAAAAAAAAAUUAGAACGUGAUAAUGAGAAAUUGAAACUUGAAGGUAAACCAUUAUUGACAGAAUCAGAUAUCAAAGAUAAAUUGGAUAAAAUAGAUGAAUUAGAAAAAGAAUAUAAAAAAGAAUUGAAAACAGGUAAACCAAUAAUUACUAAAAAUGCUACGGUGGAGAAAUUAAAACAACAAAUUGAAACUCUUGAAAAUAGAAUUCUUAAUGUUUCAUUCCAAUUAAAAGAUAAAGAAGAUAAUUCAGAAGUUUCUUUAGGUACUUCGAAAAUGAAUUAUAUUGAUCCAAGAUUAACAGUUAUGUUUUCCAAAAAAUUUGAUGUGCCAAUUGAAAAAUUGUUUACUAAGACUCUAAGAGAAAAGUUCAAUUGGGCUAUUGAAUCAACCGAUGAAAAUUGGAGAUUUUAG